AUGUCUUUAAUUUCAGCUGUAGAAGAAAGGGACAUACCCGAUAUAGGAAAGACUUUGUCUGGUGGGGGGAGCAGGACUUCAUCUAUAACGUCGUCGAAAAAGUCAUUAAAACACGGCUCUAGAUCUCUGAAAAAGCCAAGAGUGUACCAGACAACGGGCGAACCAUUAAGCAGGGAGGCUUUGUAUAAGGCUAAGUUGAAGUACGGGGUUUAUCAGUCACCUGCCCAAAGCUAUUCAAUUGGUGUUAGCGACGCUCAUGCAGCUUCGGACAAAGCAGCUAAUUUAGCUCAUGACAAUCAAACCACAGUGGAAGCUUACAAACGUAUGUUUAUUGACCCUAAUGCCACUAAGGCCGCAUCCAAAAUGGGACCCAAGGUCGUUCGCAACAACUCAGUAGCUUCUACGACUUCUAAAAGUUCAAAAGAAUCUCAGGUGAAGAGAAAGGCCAAAGAGUCUCCAGGGGCCGCUGCAUCGAAAGCUUAUUCGAUGACAAUGGAAACCACGAGUUUAAGCUCGCAAACGAAUAGCAGGUCGUAUUCUAUUACCUCCGCCAGCUCUGUGUUAAGCGGGGCUAGUAGUAGUUUGAGUAGUACUGUCAAUCCUAAACCCAAAAGUUUGAAUUUGGAGAAAGUCUUAGUGGGAGCUGAAAAAAAGGCAGAAUCUCGUAUCAAGGAAAGAUGGGAACCUGAAAAGACAAACUUCCAAUAUGGAGUCAGGACUGAUGAGCAUGGCAGAUUAAAUCAAUUCAGCUUCUCUAAUGAGAUGAUGAAUAACAUCAUGGCGAAAGUGGAUGCGCCAAAAGCACAAGACUUACAAAAGGGUAAAAAAGUUGCAGCUGAGAAAGAAGCCAAUUCUAUGAAAUUUGCAUUAGGAGCUGCUAAUGCUGUCAAAGACAUGCAUCCCGGCGAGGAUAUCGAUAAAAGCAUUUCUCUAAAAGCCCAGAAGAGGGACACCUACCUGAGCCAAUUAACUUCUCAGCAAGUUCUGACCUUGGCAAGGGCCAAUGUUGACAGACAAUUGGAUAUUAUUGAGAAAAGUGAUAUGCAUAGAAAGCUAUUCACUAAUAUGGAAUAUAACAAAGCUGCUGUCGCCGUCGCACAAUCUAAUCACCAAAAAAAGACGGAAUUCCAUAACAAGAUUAACAUGGGUGGUGGUCUGUUCUUGUCACCAGAAGAUAUUACUAAAAUCGCAUCCGGAUUGAUUUCUCCUGUGCUUGGUGAGGUGAGUGAGAGGGCGGAGGCGCAACGUGCGAUGGAUGAAGAAAUCGCAGGAAGAACGGAGGCCUAUAACAAAUCUUUGAAUGAAUGGGAAUCCAUGGAGCGUUCAAUCAUUUCUAAUGACGCUAAAUUAUUAACUACUACAGCAAACAGACACCAAACCGAAAAAAAGACCUCCCAGGAAAAAGUCAAGGCCAGCUAUGAUGCACUUGUGGCCAGAAUGGAUACCAAAGUCACCGAAAAGGAAACUCUGCUUGAAGAUACCAAGAACAAGGAGAUCGAAUUUAAAAAGCAAAUGCAACAAGAAUUAAAGGACGAAAAGGCUCGUCUGGACCAAGAUUUGGAGGAAUGGGGCAAAAAUUGUGAACAAGAUAUUACUGAGGCACGUAAGGAGCAAGAAAAACUAUUGAAACCUUACCAUGAAGAUUUGGCAAAUGCAGAAGCGGAACAUAAAACUUUAGUGGAAGAGCGUGAUACUAUUAACGCAGAGAUUUCUAGAUUGCAAGAUGCUAUAGUCGACCAUAAGAGAAAGAUCUCUGGUUACGGAGAUGAUCUUGACGCCCAAAAGAACAGAAAUAUCAGGGAAGAUGACAAAUUGAUGGAAUUAGGUCAAACCAAAGAAUCUUUGGAAUCCCAUUUAAACGAUGAUGUUAUCAUUCUUGCUAAUAAAGCUAAAGAACAAGCUGAGUUAUCAACAAAGGAAGCGCGUCUAAAACAAUUGGAAGUAGAUUCGUUGAUUAAUGAACGUAAGAGCGAGCUAAACGCAACCGAAAUCGAGUUAAAGAAGGAAAAGCUAAGUCUUUUGGAGGCUAUGAAAGACGUAGCUUCUGCGCGUGGUGACGAUAAGAUUGACGAAGAGAAAGUUAAAAGAUUGAUUGGUAUGACUUCUGAAGAAUAUUUAACACAAAGCAAACCCGUCAAGAAAAAUGUUGAAGAUUUACCGACCCAACUUGAAAAAAUAGAAGAAGGCGAUGAGGUAAAGAAGGGAGAGGCAGUUGAUGCCAAAAGCAAAAACUCAGGUGGUGCUGAAAUUCCAAUGAAUACCAUCACAAAAACAGCAACCAAUACUGGUUCUGUUGCUCAAACAAAAGAAUCUGAGAAGAAUUCCUCGAUCGGAAAUAAAUCAACAGGAAAAAAAGAAGACGCUGACGAUGGUAAUUCUGCCGAAGAUAUCCCUGUCUCACCGAAAGCAGGAGAUAAGAAAUCGCUGGGAGUUAGCCCCGAUAGUUUGGAACACACAUUUAGCGGCUUCUCACAAGGUUCCUCGAUCGAAGACGAUCAGGAUGCAAUUGAUAAUAAAGAGGGAAAGUAG